CUCACCCUCCUACCUGAACAAGGCGAUCUGAUUGCUGCUUCAAGGAGCUUACUCUCAUCACACAUGCGUUUGGGGGCCAGCCGUCCACCAUGAAGAGCCCUUGCAGAAAGUUUUCCCGGGGUCAAACUUUCCUGCUUCUGACUGGGUUGACAUUGGUCUUAAUCCUGCUCUCCAUUGUUAAGGAGACAAGAACAAGGGUUUCCAGGUACCAGUUUAUAGAGGACAAUGAAUCAAGUCUGCAGGGGAUUCCACAAAAGGCUGCACCCCAAGGACCCAUCGUGACCCUGCCACCCACAGUUCACAAGAAGAAGACAACCUCUGUCAGGACAAAGGGGGUGGAGCUGCAGAAACAGGACAGAGCGACAGCCCGAGGAGAGCGAGGAGAGGGGGCGGAGAAGAAGUUGGAGGUUAAAAGGCCAGCACCAGAGAGUCCUAAGAACAAGGCAGACUCUGAGGCAAAGAUACCUGCUUCAAAACAUCUGGACAAACUAUCAAGAGCUACAGGAGCCUUGUCAACAAGGAAGGCACCAAUGGCCACAGGAGCUGCCCCAGCCAAGAAGAAGGAGGUCCAGCCCACCCCAACCCCUGCCUCUUUCCCACACCCCACCACACAAAGACGCCAAAGGCUGAAGGCCUCCGACUUCAAGUCUGAGCCUCGGUGGGAUUUUGAGGAGGAAUAUAGCUUGGAUGCGGGCAGCCUACAGACGACCUGCCCUGGCUCUGUGAAGAUCACGGCUUCCCAUUCACCAUGGCUACAAAAUAUCUUUCUGCCCAACAUCACUCUGUUCCUGGACUCAGGGCGCUUCAACCAGAGCGAGUGGAACAGGCUAGAGCACUUUGCUCCGCCCUUUGGCUUCAUGGAGCUCAAUCAGUCCCUGGUACAGAAGGUGGUGAGCCGCUUCCCUCCGGUACCCCAGCAGCAGCUCCUCAUUGCCAACCUCCCUACUGCGUACUUCACGUGUAUCUCCUGUGCUGUAGUGGGCAAUGGAGGCAUCCUCAAUAAUUCACGUAUGGGCCAGGAGAUAGACAGCCAUGACUACGUCUUCCGACUGAGUGGAGCCGUUAUUAAAGGAUAUGAACAGGAUGUGGGGACCCGGACAUCCUUCUAUGGCUUCACUGCCUUCUCCCUGGUCCAGUCUAUCCUCAAUUUGGAUCGUCGAGGUUUCCAGCAUGUGCCUCUGGGGAAGGAUGUCCGAUAUCUACACUUCCUGGAAGGCACCCGGGACUAUGAGUGGCUGGAAGCUAUGUUCUUGAAUCGGUCCAUGGCGAAUACUAAACUUUCUUGGUUCAGGCAUAGACCCCAGGAAGCCUUUAGAGAGGCCUUGGACUUGGAUCGAUACUUUCUGGUACACCCAGACUUUCUCCGUUACAUGAAGAACAGGUUUUUGAGGUCAAGGACCCUGGACACUGCCCACUGGAGAAUAUACCGCCCCACCACUGGUGCCCUUCUGCUGCUUACAGCCCUUCACCUCUGUGACAAGGUGAGCGCCUAUGGCUUCAUCACCCAGGGCCACGAGCGCUUCUCUGAUCACUACUAUGAUGCAUCGUGGAAACGGCUCAUCUUUUACAUAAACCAUGACUUCGCGUUAGAGAGAACGGUCUGGAAGAGGCUGCAUGAUGAAGGCAUCAUCCAGCUGUACCAGCGCCCACAGAGUGGCAAAGCAAAGAACUGACCAGGGCCUGGAUCGAGGUUCCCCUCAAUCACUUACAACAGGGGUGUAAGGGUUCCUCAAAUGCUCCUUCCUGUCUCCCAGACUCAAACCUGCUCCAUGCCCUUCCAGAGUCCCAAGGAACAGGUGUGCAUGACAGAGGGUUUGGAGUCCUUUGGAAAAUCACCGCAGGCUCUGGGCAUUUCCUGCUCCAACCGCAGCCUUAGAAACAGAGCCAAACCCCAAACAAUUUAGUCCACCUUACUUUACUUUUCAAACACUGCCUUCAGAAUUUUGGCCUCUGGAACGCAGAGUAUCAGUAAAGCCCAAAUCGAGGUGCUUAUUAGUGGGUGGAAGGAAAACAAAGCAAG